AUGAGUGAACAAAAAGAUAAUAUCAUAGAGGAGUCUGUGAUGGCAGAUAGUAAUAUACAGAGUGCAGUGGAGACAGUCAAUGCUACCACUGCCACACAGGUCGAGAGCAAUGCGAACAACAGUCUCGAGGUCUCAAUCGACACGCCUUCAAACACGACCAACGCAGCAGCCACAAACACCACGUCAUCAACAACAUCAUCAUCGACAGACAGUAACAACAACAGCACUACUACUUCUUCUACUACCGCCACAAACACUGAGGCUUCGAGCAACCCUGAUCAGCCUCCAUCGACACCGCUGGCCGACACAACCAGCGCACCAACCACUGGCUCUGAGCAUCAUACGGCACCCGCUCGCUUCACCUCUGUCAAGGACAUUGGUGUGUCGUACGAGAAGAACCCAAGGUACCGCAGGACCAUGGAGGAUGAGCACGUGAUCAUCGAUAACUAUGGAGGCAACCCAGAUCAAGGCUUCUACGCCAUCUACGACGGCCACGGUGGACGUGGUGCCGUUGAGUUCACCGCAAAGACACUGCACAAGAACUUGUUGGAGGAGUUGAACAACAACCCAGAGGGUGACAUAUUAGAGUUGAUCAGGAGCAGCUACUUGACAACAGACACGCAGAUGGCCACUGAGCCAAUCCAGUUCUCUGGUACAACCACCAUCACUGCCUUCAUCCGCAAGAAUGCCAACAAUGAGAGACAACUGUACAUUGCCAAUGCUGGUGAUGCUCGUUCAGUGAUUUGCCAAAACGGAGUCGCUGAGAGACUAUCAAAGGAUCAUAAGGGAUCGGACCAAGAAGAGAUCAAGCGUAUUUCAGAGGCUGGUGGAUUUGUAGUUAAUAAUCGUGUCAAUGGUAUACUGGCAGUGACUCGCUCGCUUGGUGAUCACUCCAUGAAGGAGUACGUCGUCGGUGAUCCAUUCCUACGCUCCGUCCAACUCGAUCAAACUUAUACCCAUUUAAUAUUAGCCUGUGAUGGUCUUUGGGAUGUCAUCAAUGAUCAAGAGGCCAUUGACCUGAUUAUCAAUGAGACCGAAGCACAGAAGAUGAGUGAUAAGCUGUUAUAUCAGGCUCUGAGAAAGGGAAGCACUGACAACAUUAGUAUAUUGGUUAUCAUUUUG